UCGUCUGUGCCUUCAAGUGCUGCGUAUCCACGUAUCACAAAAGUAGCGAAUCCGCGCUGCACUACACGAAGUGCUUGCGGAGCCCAAAGAAGGUAUCUAACGUUAGCUAGCUAAUGUAUUGAGUUUAUUUGACUAACACUACGAGAUUGACGUAGGACAUGUAAAGAGAACGUAAAAAGUAUUAGCAACAGGCAGACCUGGCCAGAGGUGGAGAAUGUGAUGUAGUGGCUGAAAGAAUUCGGGUGGAGAUUACAAGGUACUGGAGAUGAGAGAUAACAAUGAACACCCAGAACGGAAUCUGUUCUCAGCCUGUGAACUCGGUGUUGUCCGUGGAAACCGCAGCCAAGGACUCUACUGAGAGGCUGAGAGAGGAGAAGUUGUUCAGCGAUGCAGAAGAGGACAACAGCAACAAGGUACUUCAGGACACCCUGAGACUCUCAACUGAGGAAACGGACCAACGGGAGGUUUUAAAUUCGUAUUGCACACAACACCCCCACCUUCCUAAACCUCCCAACGUAAUGACGACCAAAACGAUCUCCUCAGCAAGAGUGAGGAGGAGAAAGCUGAAGGCCAAUGAGGAGAGUCUGACUGAUCCUUCGGGGCCCUGGUCUUCCACAGACUCCCUUCAGGGCGACGGCGCGGGUCGGCCUGCCGACGCACUCCAGAAUGGACAGAAGGCCGCGGACGGCGCACUCAGCGACAGCGGAAGGGACGUCUCCACCUCCAGGGAUCAGGAGGGCGGACUGUCUGACCCCGAGGGAAAGAACGCCGAUCUGUACGACCCCGCGGGGCGCCAUGCGAAGAUCCAGCUCCUUCCCCUGCAGCCCUCUGGCCCCUCUCCUGCAGCGGAGCUCUGCGCUGAGUCCACGUCCUUAAAAGCAUCUAAUCAGAUUGACCAGGAUUGUGAGGAUUAUAUAGCAGCCGGCAGAGUGGGGUCGGAGCACCUUCACAGUAACCACUAUGACAGCCGGCUGUCGGAGACCAUGGUGUCUGACAACACCUCCCUCAACUCCAUGAAGUCCACCUUCAGUGUGCUCAACCCUAUUCGACCCAGGGAUGCAAGGAACAGGAGCUUCCUGGAGGGCAGUGUCCUGGGACACGGCGCGCUGCUUGGGGCGGGUGAACUUGACCGGUACUUUCCCGAGAGACGUGUAGGAGUUUACAUCGUCACGUGGAACAUGCAAGGAGAGAAGGACUUUCCCUCCAACCUGGAUGACCUUUUGCUGCCGCUGGAUGCUGAAAUUGCACAAGAUUUGUACAUCAUUGGAGUCCAGGAGGGCUGUGCAGACAGGAGAGAGUGGGAAAUCCGUCUACAGGAGUCUCUGGGGCCAUAUUAUGUAAUGCUUUACGCUGCAGCUCAUGGCGUGCUGUACCUCAGUGUCUUCAUCAGGAGAGACCUGAUCUGGUUCUGUUCAGCAGAAGUGGAACAUGCCACCGUCACAACACGCAUCAUCUCGCAGAUCAAGACCAAAGGUGCAGUGGGGGUCAGCUUCACCUUCUUUGGCACCUCCUUCCUCUUCAUCACCUCCCACUUCACCUCUGGAGAGAACAAAGUGUAUGAGCGUAUUCUAGACUACAACAAGAUCAUUGAGGCACUGACUCUUCCCAGAAUGCUGCCGGACACCAACCCUUAUCGCUCUGUCGCCUCCGACGUGACGACCCGGUUUGAUGAGGUGUUCUGGUUUGGGGACUUCAACUUCCGCCUGAGUAAAGACCGGGCAGGAGUGGAGGUUAUCCUGAAAGAUGAGCUGGGGUCAGACAUGCGCCCUCUGCUGCAGUACGAUCAACUCUCCAAGGAGAUGAAGGAUGGUGCCAUCUUCAAAGGGUUCCAAGAAGCACCCAUACACUUCCUCCCUACGUACAAGUUUGACAUUGGCUAUGAUGUGUACGAUACCACGUCAAAGCAGAGAACUCCUUCAUAUACAGACCGAAUACUGUACAGGAGCCGUCAGAAGGACGACAUCAAAGUAGUCAGGUACUCCUGCUGCUCAUCCGUCAAGACGUCAGACCACCGGCCUGUAAUUGGCAUAUUCCAGGUCAAACUCCAGCCCGGCAGGGACAACAUCCCUCUGGGGGCAGGCCAGUUUGACAGAGACUUGUAUCUGGAGGGAAUCCGGAGGAGAAUUACCCGAGAGCUAAAGUGGAAGGAGGCAAUGAAGAAUCAGAAGAACAGCACUGUCUGCUCCAUCUCCUGAUUCAUGGCAUGAGGAAGGAGCCGAGAGGAACCAUGGGGACAGAACAGCUCUAAAGACCAUAGGGACUGACAGAUUAGUCUUUCUCCCUACACAUGGUCUAUACCUGCCUCCACCACUUAUGGGGGUUUCGCUGGUGUAGCCACAGAUGACUUCCCAUAUAAAUGACUUCCUUAAUGACCCAAUAUUUCAUAUCUAUUUAUAUAAUGCAUAAUAUAAAAUACAUAUAUUUCUAAUUGUUAUUUUGUAUAUUUGCAUUUACCAGCCAUUGGUGUAUAUACACAGGUUGCGUAUGGGGAAAUGCAAUACUAUUUUACCUUUAUUCUCUUUAUGUCUUAACAAAUGUUUUACCUUCCUAAUAUCCAGUAUGGUGUCAGAUAAUAUUUGUUCAUGGGAAAUCAUUUUGUGUUUCAGACUCGGUGGGGUGUUUUAUUGGUGGAAGUGAAGAAGAGCAAUUGUUAUCAUGUUCUUCAUUGCCUUAAAAUAUGGCCUUCAGGUGAGAUUCAGCUUGGGAAAAUAUUGUACUGAAGUCACUUGAUGUCAGUAUUCAUACCUUGGAUCUAGCAUAUGGGAGAGAAUAGAAUAUGACUUUUUGAUAUGAUGAUGGCAUGUAAAGGGCUUUUAUACAUCACACAAUGUUCAGAGAGUGAAAUGACACAGCAAGGCGGUUAAAUAAACACAACAUGAAACCUUUUAAUUGAAGGAGGAAACUUCUUCAUUGCACUGAUGGCACGAAACCACAUACCAAAUCCUGGGCAUGAAGUCACAAGGCAAGCUGAUUGGUUAACAGAAGAUGCUAUCGGCUUGCUUGUGGACAUCAGUUAAGAGCAAGGCACCCUGCAGAUCCACCAGUCUUUUUAACCAUUCUGGACUCAUGGUGAUCAAUGACCAGUGAAUUAACACAUCCUUACAAUACAAAUAUGCAAAGCAGAGAAGUGGGCUGCUCCCAGGUCUGUUUAAAUCCUUCACAGCCAUAUAAGCAGUGCAAUUUGUUCCCAGAAUCAGUCUGAUUUUCUGAUGUAUUGCUAGUCCUUGCCCACUGUGUGAGAAGUCAAAACUUUUCAUCCUCCAUUUCCUUCAUCUGAAUGGCAAGCAAAGCAUACCUUGCAUCUACAAAUCACAGCUUUUGUCAACACAGACUGACUUGAUUAUCAAAGGAGUAGUGUAGUGAGGUUUGCUCAAGUCAACACAGUACAACAGCCAUGAUGAUUAUAGUUCAUAGAGGGGAUUGUAAAUGGGAGGCUGAAUCAAACAUUCAAGUCUGAUGUGUUGGUAAUCGCCCCUAGUGUGAGACAUGUCUGCAACCAAACUCUUGUCCCUAUGUACUGACCUACAAGCACAUGCUUGAAACUGAAGAGACUGGACAUUCCAGCGAAAUCAGCUGUAAAAUCACCCACCCACCAUAUUAAGUGUUCCAUGCAUUACCUUCCUUUCACUGAGCACUCCUCACACCUGCCUGUUAUUCUCCACUGCUUCCUGGAAUUCUUUGUUCUGUACAUCCAUAUCUGUGAACACUAUUCAGGGAAAAAACCAUAGCAUAUUGGACUGAUUUUUUUAUACUGUCUGGGAAGAGAUUUUAUGCUGUAUAAAGUCAGUAAAGAUGUAGGGGAGUAAGAAUACAUUUGUUCUGUGUCUUAAUAUGUAAAUGCGAAUGUGAGGUGACAAUGACUUGCCAUAGUCACAAUUUCUCAUCAGAUUUAGUAAGACAUCAAAUCUAAUCAUCUGCAGCACAAACGGUAAUUCACAUCUGCCACAUACAAAAUGAAAAGACUGACAAACUAC